AUGACAAGACUCGAAGAAACCCAGUCCGCCUCCUCGCUCCACGGCAAAGUCGCCUUGAUCACUGGCGGCUCGCAAGGCAUAGGAGCAGCCAUAGCGGUGCAAUUGGUACGAAAGGACCUCGCCGCCCUCGCGAUCACCUACGUCAAAAAUUCCAAAGGCGCGGAGAAAACGUUCUCGGAAUGCCUCGCAAUUUCGCCUUCCUUGAAGACCGUGGCUAUCCAAGCUGAUAUUUUGGACCCGUCCAUUGGGCCCAACCUUAUAUCGAGGACCGUCAAAGGUUUAGGUACGGAGCGGAUCGACAUUGUGGUCAACAAUGCUGCUGUCCUCGACAUGGGCCUACUCCAGCCAUUUGCGGGCACCACCCUGGAGACCUUCAGCAAGAUGAUGCAAGGGAAUGUCUUCGCACCCAUGAGCAUCAUCAAUGCCACCCUGCCCUAUCUCCCAGCAAAGGGCGGGCGGGUCAUCAACAUCUCCAGUAUAGCGGGACAACAACCGAAUAUCGACCCAGUCUUGACAUACGGCGCUUCGAAGGCAGCCCUCGAGAGUAUCACACGAUCCCUAGCGCUUGUGCUGGGAUUGAAGACCGGCGCAACAUUCAACAGCGUGAGCGUCGGACCGACUCAAUCUGGUGCAACCCUAGCAGCUGCUGAGAUCUUUGGACAACCGAUGAUCGACAGCGCGGUCGAACCGACGACGGCCGAGAAACGUAUGGGAGUUCCAGAGGAUAUUGCGUUUGUGGUUGGGUUUCUGGCGAGCGAGGAGGCAAGAUGGAUUAACGGACAGUUGAUACCCGCAAACGGAGGAUACAAGGACGUAUUGGCAGCGCAAGGAUAG